UGUCCUCUCUCUGUUCCAGACUCGUCUCUGGGGAGGGCGAGCCCCUGCUCCGAGGCGGGGAAACCCUGUAACCCCUGUCUGGACGCGGCCAAGGCCUGCAACCUGAACGAGACCUGCAAGCGUCUGCGAUCCGCCUACAACGCCAUCUGCAGCAAGGCCACGCCCCCACAGCCCUCUCUGGCCAAUCAGGAGCCCUGCAGCCGCAAGAGAUGCCAGAAGGCGCUGCGUCAGUUCUUCGAGCGGGUCCCCUGGGAGCUGAGCUACCCGCUGCUGUUCUGCUCGUGCCCGGACCAGGCGUGCGCCGAGCGCCGCCGCCGCACCAUCGUCCCGUCCUGCUCCCACCAGGAACGCCACAGACCGAGCUGCCUGGAGCUGCGGCACACCUGCCGCUCCGACGCGCUCUGCAGGUAAGAUGGGCG